AUGAAUCCUCGUCAUGUUUUCUCGCUAAGAUCAUCUUUUAUUUUAUACAUAUUUUGCUGUUUAUAUGUACCAACAACAUGUUUUUAUUUUCCGGGUGUGGCACCGACUGAUUUCGAACGUCAUGAUCCAGUCGAAGUUAGAGCAGUUAAAAUGACUAGUACAAAAACACAAUUACCGUAUGAUUAUUAUGAUUUACCAGUACAUUGUAAACCACCAAAUGGAACAAAAUACAAAUCAGAAAAUCUCGGCGAAAUUCUUCGUGGUGAUCGUAUUGUAAAUACAAAUUUUAAAGUUACAAUGGAUAGUGAUUCAAAAUGCCAAGUUCUUUGUCCAGAAAUCACUUUAUCUAAACAACAAUGUACAACAACAGUCAAACGAAUUAAAAAUAAUUAUCACGUUCAUUUAUUAGUCGAUAAUUUACCAUGUGCAACAAAAUUUCAAAAUGUUGAAACACGAGAAGCGAUAUAUGAACACGGUAAACACUAUCGUGUCGUGGGUUUCGAAGUUGAACCAAAGAGCAUCGAUAAUAAAAGAAUAACUGUAGAUGGUGAUACUUGUACAAUUAAAGAAGGUGAUUCUGUGCAAAAAAUAGAGCCAGACAGUGCUGAAAAUAAAAUUACAAUGACAUAUGAAGUUCAAUGGAUCAAAAGUGAAACAAGAUGGGCAUCACGAUGGGACACAUAUUUAGCUAUGACUGAUGCUCAAAUUCAUUGGUUUUCAAUAAUUAAUUCUGUCAUUGUUGUGUUUUUUCUGGCUGGAAUAUUAUCAAUGAUUAUCGUCAAAACAUUACGUCGAGAUAUAGCACGAUAUAACAAAGAAGAACCGACUGCCACACUUUAUCCAUCGGUUGUUUGUGGCAUAUGUUUGUUGAUUAACUUUUUCAUCUGGGGCAAACGUUCAUCGGGUGCUGUACCAUUUUCGACAAUGCUUGCAAUUUUAACGAUGUGGUUAGGAAUAUCUUUUCCACUUGUUUGUCUUGGAUUCUAUUUUGGAUACAGAAAACAACCAUAUGAACAUCCGGUAAGAACCAAUCAAAUUCCUCGUCAAGUUCCUGAACAAUUGUGGUAUAUGCAUCCCGUAUUGAGCACACUUAUGGCUGGUGUUUUGCCAUUUGGAGCCAUGUUUAUUGAAUUAUUUUUUAUUUUUUCGGCUAUCUGGGAAAAUCAAUUUUACUACUUAUUUGGCUUCUUAUUUUUGGUAUUUAUUAUUAUAAUAAUAUCAUGUUCACAAAUUUCAAUUGUUAUUACAUAUUUUCAAUUGUGUGGUGAAGAUUAUCAUUGGUGGUGGCGAUCAUUUAUUGCGUCAGGCGGAUCAGCAUUCUACGUAUUCGGUUAUUCAAUAUUCUAUUUCUUCUCUAAAUCUGAAAACAAACGGAUCAUUGCUACAUGCAACGAUUUUUUUUAUAUGACUAAACUUGUUGCUGCCGGUUUUAUUAUAUUUCGAAAGAUUAGCGCUCGAAUCGAAUAUUUAUUACUUCAAACAUCGUACGGUGCACAUCAUUGGACUCCACCAAAAGGUCAUCUAGACGGUGACGAAGCUCCACUAGAAGCGGCAGAACGCGAAACUAAAGAGGAAGCUGGUUUAAAUAAAGACGAUCUGUUAUAUCACAAAAAAUUUGAAAAGAAAUUAUCGUAUAAAAUUGUGAAAGAUUCUAAAGAAGUUCCAAAAGACGUUUAUUAUUAUUUGGCUGAAAUCCGAAAUCCAAAUCAAGAAAUUAAAGUCUCGGACGAACAUUGGACUUAUAAGUGGUUAGAAUUAGAAGCAGCGUGUGAAAAAGUACAAUUUGAUGAUAUGAAACAAGCAUUAAAAGAAGCCGAAGAAUUUAUUCAAAAAGAAAAAUUACAUGAAUAA